GCGCGUUUCCUUGCUUCUGGAAACAGCCCUGCCUGGUCACGUCCGGAAAGCCUCUGAGAGCGCGCGCACCGGCCCCAGACCAGUAAAUCAAUGUGUGCGUUUAAUCACAUGAAAGAUUGUCAUCCCACGAGACUGAGAAAAGACAGUGAUUGACAGUCAUAGAGAGACAGAGACACGAAGAGUGAUGCAGAGUAAAAAGCCCGAGACGGGAUUGUGGCAGAGAAGAAAAAGAGACAGGAAAGGGGUGGGGGGAGAAUGAGAGGGAAUCAAAAAAGCAAAUACAUGUAGACAGAUAUAGAGGAAGUCAGAAAUAGAGGGUGUGGAGCAGUAUUCCAAGCCGGGGUUAGAGGGAGAUGAGUAGUCCUAGAGCUGUGGCUAUGCCAAGAUCACAUGCUGGAUUUAGUUGCAAGUCUGUUAGGACGUCCUGCCUACCUGUACUUUACAUAAUAUGAAACCUGCUAGAGAGGAAGUAACCCACAAAUCAGAAUUCAUCAACUCUGCUCAUUAAAUCCACUUUCACUGACAGUGAUGUCAGACCCCGAUACUACCCAGGGCAUUUGCUGAUCUGAUUCCCAAAGUGUCCCAGGAGAAUGAUUUAUUAGAUUUCCUGGGGAACAGACCUCAUCGUAAGCACCCAGGCAUCUCACAGUUGCCCCAAGUGCAGUUGCCACAGGCCCUAGUCACUGCAGCCCAACGCCUCAUGCAGGAAAGCUCUAUGCCCAACAUAGAGAAACAGGUUCAGACACUCACCAACUACCUCUGGAGUCGGAAGCUUCCUGCAGAACCUGAGGAGCUGCGCAAAAAAGCAAUACAGCUGGAAAAUAAACUCCAACAGGAUGCAGGGUCAUUACAAUCAGAGAAACAACUUCAUGGAACUGUGUUGAAUGCCCUACGCAAAACUACCUACCACUGGCAAAAACUGAGCUAUGAUGAAAAGCUGAGCCUGGUAUACAUGGCAGCACGACUGGAUGGUGGCUUUGCAGCUGUUUCCAGAGCUUUCCAUGAGAUCCAAGCUCGUGUUCCAGACUUUAAGCCACAAACUUUAAUGGAUUUUGGCUCAGGCACCGGUUCUGUUACUUGGGCAGCUUAUAAUACCUGGGGCCAGAGCCUUAGUGAAUAUUUGUGUGUGGACAGCUCAGCUGCCAUGUUGGCCUUGGCAGAAAGGCUUCUGAAAGGUGGCUUAGAUUCUGGGAAACCCCAUGUUCCGGGAGUCUUUUUUAGACAGUUUCUCCCAGUCUCACCAAAGAUACAAUUUGAUGUGGUGGUGUCUGCUUUCUCUCUAAGUGAGUUACCCAGCAUGGCUGAUCGAACCGAAGUCAUCCAAACCUUAUGGCGUAAGACAGGCCACUUCCUGGUUUUGGUGGAGAAUGGAACAAAAACUGGACACUGUAUCCUUAUGGAAGCCAGGGACCUGGUCCUUAGGGGACCGGAGAAAUCUCCCUUAGACCGUCGACCUGGACAUGUCUUUGCCCCAUGCCCUCAUGAACUUCCCUGCCCCAAGCUUUCUGCGUCCCAGCACCAGGCCUGCAGCUUCUCCCAAGCAUACAGCACCAUCCCUUUUAGCUGGAACCAGAGUCAUAAAGAGGAGAAGUUCUCUCUGGUGAUCCUAAGCCGGACCCUUCCAGAGAAGGAUCAUCAAUGGGCCCGUCUCACCCAGCCUGUCCUUAAACGGCCACGCCACGUACAUUGCCAUUUGUGCUGUCCUGAUGGGCAUCUCCACCAUGUUGUGGUUACUGCCCGACGACAUGGCAGACACUUAUAUCGCUGUGCUCGAGCCAGUACCUGGGGAGAUCGCUUGCCUUUUACCACUUCACCUGAAUUUCCUCUGUCCUCUGCCCAAGAUCCUUCUGACAACUGACAAGAGAUCUUAGGAGUAGUUGGCUGAUACCACCCAGCUUUUGCCAUCCUUGCCAAAAACUAAGCUUCCCAGGGAUUCAUAAUAGGGGUCCCAAGUAUCCUCUGACUUUUGAAUUGAAUUAAAAAAAUUUUUUAAGAAACA